AUGUAUAAUGAAAUAUUUUCAGUGAAUUGCACAGCUGAAUGGCGACCAUCAACUUGGGGAUCAUGUAGUCGAACUUGUGGUGAUGGUGGUGUCCAGAUGCGUUUACUUCGUUGCGUCUGGCGCGGAACACGCAAAGCUGCUGGCAAAAAUUGUGAAACGUCUACAAGACCUGCAGCGAUACGAUCAUGCAUAUAUGGAAAAGAAUUACCCCCUUGUAUAGACAAGACAGGUGGAAGAGAACCGUUUGUGGGAUGGGAAAACUGGCGUGGCUGGCGAUUGUAUAAAUGGGAUCUUAGAGACAAAUUUGCUAAGGCCGAACAUUAA